AGGAAGUGGCCAGGGUGACCCCGGAUGGAAAUCGGGGAAAAAAACAAACAAACCAAAAAAAGGGAGGCGCCUCGUUUCUUGAGAGCGGGAGACCGACGUCGCCGCUUCGGAGAAGCAGGAGGCUGUAACAAGCUCUUCAGCUAAUAUGGCUGAAGUAGAAGAGAGUGGAAAGCGAAAGAGAAAGUUGGAAGAAGAACCUGAUAGCAGAAGUAUCAAAUGUAGGGAUUCUCCUGUUGAAAAUGAUGAUAAAACUGCAAAUAAGUAUGGAGACGGAAGCACUCUUCAUCGUGAAAUAGAAUCUGAAGAGGUUCCUAAAAAGAAAACGCAUGCAGAAGAUGUAGCAGCACAUUAUAAUAAGCUUGAAGAGGUUGGAUUGGAACAACGUAGCACGAGUCGCAUCUUCUAUCUCCGAAACUUUAACAAUUGGAUAAAGAGCGUGCUGAUUGGUGAAUUCCUUGAUAAGGUACGACAAAGACAACAAAACAUUACAGUGUUAGACUUGGGAUGUGGUAAAGGUGGGGACUUGCUGAAGUGGAGAAAAGGCCGAAUAAGUAAACUUGUAUGUACAGAUAUUGCUGGUGUAUCUGUACAACAGUGUGAACAGCGUUUCCAAGAUAUGAAAAACCGUGGUCGUCAGAAUGAUAGAUUUUUCAGUGCAGAAUUUAUAACUGCGGAUAGCACCAAGGAACUUCUGUCUGAAAGGUACAAGGAUAACAAUAUGUACUUUGACAUUUGCAGCUGUCAGUUUGUGUAUCAUUAUUCAUUUGAAACCUAUGAGCAAGCAGAUAUGAUGCUUAAAAACGCUUGUGAGCAACUUUCUCCUGGAGGAUACUUCAUUGGCACAACUCCAGAUAGUUACGAACUUGUAAAACGCCUUGAAUCUUCAGAAACAAAUUCAUUUGGGAAUGAAAUAUAUAAUGUAAAGUUUCAGAAAAAGGGAGACUAUCCUUUGUUUGGUUGCAAAUAUGACUUCCACUUGGAAGGAGUGGUUGAUGUUCCAGAAUUCCUGGUUUAUUUUCCAUUGCUGGAAGACAUGGCAAAGAAGUAUAAAAUGAAACUAGUCUACAAAAAAACAUUUUGGGAAUUUUAUGAAGAAAAAGUGAAGAACAUAGAACAUAAAAUGCUUCUGCAACAAAUGAUGGCAUUGGAGAAAUACCCCGCUGACGAAGGUUCCAGAUUGGUCUCACAUGUAAAAGAGGAUUAUGAGCAUGCAGAAAUACUUAAGAAGGAUGGAAAAGCAAAACUACCUUUUGGAACAAUGAGUAAGGCUGAAUGGGAAGCAACAAGUCUAUACUUGAUUUUUGCAUUUGAAAAACUUUAAAAGGAAAACAAUGAACUACAGAUGACGUGAUCAAGCAUCCAAACUGACAGCUAUUUUAUAUUUUUAUGUUUAAGUGUCUGCAGGAAACAACCAAGAUAGGGCAUGCUUAUAUUUGAGUCAUGGCUGCCUGUCUGUGACAGAUGGAUUUUUUGUUGUUGUUUGUAUGUGGUGUAUAUACAGUAUAUGUGUUAUGCCUUUUACUUUUUGUGUGGUAUGGCUUAAGUUCCUACUUUUAACGAAAUAUGAGUUUUCUGGAAUACUCAGGGUGUUGUCAGGUACAGAGUUGCCAGUUGUCAGAGUACUGUAUGAAGAUCUGAUCAUAAUGUAGUAAUAUGAUAAUGUAACUGCUGUCAACUAAAAUGUUUGAGGAAUAAAGGAUUUGGUAAUUAUAUUGCUACAAAUUAUAGGACUACAAAUUACAUUGCCAAGGACUACAAGUCUACUUACUGUUACACUUGUUGCAAAAUAAAUUCCCAAGGGAUUAUCUCUUGAGAUCUGCUGCAGAGUGUUGUUGGGUUGUAUAAAGUUGUAGGCUAGUAAAUUUGUAAGCACUGAAAUGUGAGUCUGGAUCCAGUAUUCGCUGCAAUCAGUAGAAAUGUUACCCUGUUUUGAAACCUAUACUAGUGGGCAUUUUCUUUAGACAACUUUGUAAAGAGCUUACAUGAUUCAACAGCUUUCAUGUGUAUGAGUUCUGUGUGUGUUGGGAUACCAGAACUACAUUAUUCAUGGCUUGGGUUUUUUAUUUCACAGUGGAGUAUUUUCACUGUUAAAUUAAUUGUGGUUGGUAUGUAGCGUGGGUAAUGUUUGGAGAAAUACUACUGUGCUGUUUGUAUCCCUUAGAUUGUAAUUUCUUUUCAAUAGUUAUGAAAAUUAAAAAAAUAUUUCUCUUAUCAUUUAUAUGUAUCUGAGACGUCGGAAUUCCUACUUAGAUAGUUGUUCAUAUAUAUUCUUUGAAAAUUCGUGAUAUAUAAGUAGCAAAAGUCAUUUCCAUAAGAAUUUUUUUUUACAAAUACUAUGUUUACUAGCUAGAAUUGUCGUACAAAUUAUGAUUUUUCUGAGCUGGAUUUAAUUGGAUAUACACUUUUAAAUGAAUAAAGUAUAGGUCAACACUAUAGUGAAUGUACAAUCCACAUUCCUGCAAACCCAUACCAUCAUCUAGUGUUGGUAAAUGAUGAUAAGGGCUUGUAGAAAUGUAGAUUGUCUGGCCAUGGUGUUCUGGAUGAAAUAGGCCAAUUUUAUACCAUGCAAAACACUACAUACUCUUUUUGUUUGGAGGUUUAAUUUCUGGAAAACUUUGAGACAAUGUCUUAGCUAAGAAUGGUCUGGAGAACUGGAAUCUUGUGAAGCUCAUGGAAUCAUAGGUUUUGCACUUGUCUACAUU